GUUAGAAAAUGGCAUGUCCCACCCUGGCAAUGCCAGUGCCAGGGCCAAAUCACAAGUCUUAGAAGGAGCUGCCACUGGCACCAGCCUUAUGAAAGGGGCAAUUUGAUUUGAGCCCCUGCAAGGUGUCACAGUCUUAAGUCACAGAUCUAUAGCAUCCAUCGACAGCAGCCAUGCUGCUCCCUUUGUCGCGCCUGCCUGCAGGGGUCCUCAAGGGCAAUGCUGCCAGUGGAAUGCAAUGGAAGCUGCUGGCUGCCAAGGGAUUCCUUCCUCAGGCGGCCAGAGACCUCGCCACCAAGCCCCCCCCUUCUACAGACACUAUCGAGCCACCCCCCCAUGACAAACAGAUUCCGCUCCUUGACCCCCGCUCUCUCAGCCUAGAUUCUCCCACCUACAUGGUCUGGGGCGCCAACACCGAUGUGGGGAAGACUAUAGUUUCCUCCGGCCUCACUCUGGCCGCCUGCCAGCGCCCUGACCCUUUAAGCGUUCUCUACGUAAAGCCAGUACAAACAGGGUUCCCCACAGACUGCGACGCCCGGUUUGUGCGGCAAAACGCUUCGCGGGCGCUGAAAGUGGCCUCUAUUUUCGACCAAUGGAAGCACGGGCAACCCCUGCCAAAGCUUGUGACGGUUUCAUUGUUUCAGUGGGAGCCUCCAGUGUCGCCACAUGUCGCUGCAAGAGACAACCCGGUGCCGGACGCUGACGUCAUUGGGGCUGUUCGAACGGCGCUCAGAGAGUGCAAGACGCAGCGAGCGUCUCCCGACAGCGCCUCUGUGUCUCACCAGCUUUUCUCAGUCACUGAAGUAGCGCCAGCACCGGAAAGUUCCAAAGUAAAACCAGCGUUCACGGCCGGGGGGGUAGAAACAGCAGCAGAUCAAGAGGGGGGCACGCAGUCCAGCAUACUGGGGGGGUUGGAAACAGCAGUGAAUGAGGGGGGGAAGGCAGUUUCGGAAGUGGUUGAUACUGCGGUGCAGCAGGUGAAGGAGAGGUUACGAGUUGAGAUGCUUCGGAAGUGGGUAACUCUGAUUGAAACAGCGGGAGGCGUCGCAAGCCCGGGGCCUUCGGGAAACCUCCAAUGCGACAUAUUCAGGUCCCUCCGCCUUCCCGGCGUGCUCGUAGGUGACGGCCGCCUGGGGGGGAUCUCCGCAACGAUCGCCGCCUACGAGUCGCUCCUCUUGCGGGGCUUCGACACCGACGCCGUCGUUUUAAUGGACCACGGGCUGGGGAACGCGGACGCGAUCGAGCGGUACUUGCAAGGAAAGGUGCCGGUGGUGUCGCUCCCGCGCCUACCGACCAAGGAAGAGGAGGCGGCCGGCGGCCCGACCAUCGACACGUGGCUGUUCGACAACCGUCACACGUUCGGACGCUUACUGGACGCCCUAGAGAGCGCCCACGUGGCGCGGCUGACGCGCCUCCGCUCGAUGGCCGGGAAAGCGAGCGACGCCCUCUGGUGGCCAUUCACCCAGCACGGCCUGGUCGGCAGGGAUGACGUUACGGUGAUCGACUCCCGGUGCGGAGACGAGUUCGCCGUGUAUGCCGGCGCCUUAUCGGAUAACCAGGCGGAGAAAAUGCAGUCAAAGCACGGAAGGUCCAAAACCGGGUUCGCAGAACCGCAGCUCGGGUUAACAGCGCGUACGUCCUUGGGGGACAGCCGCGCAGACCCCGGUUCCGCAGUUUCCCGCAGUCAAAUUUAUGACAUCUCAACCCCCAUUUUGACUGGUCCGAAAACCUCGGAGUCUGCUUCCAUUAACCCCUCUUCGGGAACCCCUGAAGCAGUAAGCGCUGAGUUAGCGACCCCCAAAACUGCAGACCCCGAUAGCCUAAGCCCGGAAGGGCUUAACCCCGAAAGCCUAACCCCUGAGACCCUAAACCCCUCGUUCGACGCGUGCGCGAGUUGGUGGACGCAGGGGGUUACUUUGGAGGGCCAACUAGAGAUCACCCGGGCGAUGGCAUAUGCCGCCGGCAGGUACGGCCACGUCAUGUUUCCCGAGAACGUGCACGAGCCGGCGCUAAGACUGGCGGAGAAGCUGCUGGCGGGCGUCGGGAAAGGGUGGGCCGACCGAGUUUACUACUCCGACAACGGCUCGACCGCGAUCGAGAUUGCUGUCAAGAUGGCCUUCCGCAAGUUCGUCAAAGACCACGGGCUGAGUAACAGCAAACCGGCACCGGAGCUCUACGUUCUUGCGCUAAACGGCUCUUACCACGGCGACACUCUCGGCGCCAUGGAAGCCCAGGCGUCCACCCCCUACACCGCCCCCCUCCAACAGCCCUGGUAUCGCGGCCGGGGCUGCUUCUUGGACCCCCCUAAAGUGGAACUCGUUCGCGGGCGGUGGCAAGUGCGAUGGGACGUGGCUGAGCUUGACACUACGGAGUACGGAACGCGAGAUGAGGUGUUUAGUAUCAAGAGAACGGGGACGGAAGAGCAGGCGGAAGCGUAUCGGCGGUACAUUGGGGAGACGAUACGGGAGUUUGAAGAGGGAGGGGGGAGCGGAGAGCGGCCGGUGCGGCUGGGGGGGCUUAUUCUCGAACCAGUCAUCCACGGGGCGGGCGGUAUGGAGCUGAUCGACCCCCUCUUCCAGCGCACGCUCAUCCAGCACUGCAAGGAGGCGCGCAUUCCGGUCAUCCUCGACGAAGUCUUCGCCGGAAUCUGGCGGCUCGGCCGGGAAACGGCAGCGGAACUCCUGGGCUGCACUCCCGACAUCGCCUGUUACGCGAAACUGCUGACCGGCGGAAUGUUACCGCUGGCAGUGACUCUGGCGACGGAGGAUGUCUUCAAGUCCUUCUUGAGCGACAACAAGCUGGAGGCGCUCUUGCACGGCCACUCGUACACUGCACACGCCACCGGAUGCGCGGCGGCCGUUGCGGCCCUCGACCUCUUUACAAACCCCUCGAAGAACCCCAACUACGAUUCGGCGUCUCAUGUCAUGAAAGAAAUGUGGGCUCCAGACAUGCUCGAAGAAAUGUCCUGCAUGCCAGAAGUAACGCGCGUUGUUGCGCUGGGCACGGUCUUCGCGUUAGAAUUGCGGUCGCAGAGCGUAGGGUAUGGGUCACCCGUCAGUCGGGGCAUCGUGUUGCGGCUUCGAAAGAGGGGCGUCUAUUCGCGCGCGCUCGGGAAUGUGCUAUACUUGAUGUGCACGCCAAUGACCAAAGUAGAGAGGUGCACACAGCUUUUAACCAUGCUAAAAGAAGAGAUUGAAAGGACGGACAUGAACCAAUGAGCAGGGACCAAGCUUCGAAUAAGCUACUUGGAUGACUUACACUGCAUCGGCUCCAAGUGUUUUGUAAGCAAUUCGACGGUCGUGCUAUUGUGAUUUCUAUUGAGGUGA